CCCCCUCGCCCCCCGCCGCGCCGCUCCGAUCCGGCCCGGCGCUCGGCCCUCGCGCGGGGGACGCGCAAUGGCCCUCGACAUCGCCGGCGCGCCGCCCCCGGGGCCCGACGCCGCCGACGCCCCGGUGGAGGAGCUGGACGCCAGGUACGCGCCGUACGCGCGCCGGGACGCGUACGGGGUCAUGGGCCGCGGGCCGCUGGCGCCGGCGGAGGCGGCGCGGCUCGCGAUCGCGGCCGCCGUGCUCCUCCCGCUCCGCCUCGUCGCGGGGAUGCUCGUGGUCCUGCUCUACUACCUCGUCUGCCGCGUGUGCACGCUGUUCGCCGCCGCGGAUGGGGGCCGGCCCCGGCUCGUGGGGUGGAGGAGGAGGGCGGUCCUGCGGGCGGGCUGCUCGCUCUCGCGGGCAAUGCUGUUCGUCUUCGGCUUCUACUGGAUCCGCGAGACCGACAAGAGGCUCCCCAGUGCCGAGGAUGUAAAUCAAGGCCGUUCUGAAGAAUUGGGAAGACCAGGGGCAAUUGUUUCUAAUCAUGUGUCUUAUGUGGAUAUUCUUUAUCACAUGUCAGCUUCUUUUCCAAGUUUUGUUGCUAAGGAGUCAGUGUCCAGGUUGCCUCUAAUUGGUCUCAUAAGCAAGUGUCUUGGAUGCAUUUUUGUUCAACGAGAAUCGAAGUCCUCAGAUUCUAAAGGUGUCUCAGGUGCUGUAACUGAAAGGGUCCGAGAGGUUUCUCAAGAUAAGAAUACCCCAAUGAUGUUACUGUUUCCAGAGGGAACUACUACAAAUGGAGAUUACCUUCUUCCAUUUAAGACCGGAGCCUUUCUUGCAAGUGCACCAGUGCAGCCAGUCAUUUUGAGAUACACUUACAGGAGAUUUAGUCCGGCAUGGGAUUCCAUGGAUGGAGCACGUCAUGUGUUUCUGCUCCUAUGUCAAUUUGUAAAUUACAUGGAGGUGGUUCGGUUGCCUGUAUAUUAUCCUUCUGAACAAGAAAAGGAAGAUCCUAAACUCUACGCAAAUAAUGUCAGAAAACUGAUAUCAACGGAGGGAAAUUUGAUUCUUUCUAAUCUUGGCCUGGCGGACAAGCGUGUAUACCAUGCAGCACUGAAUGGUAGUAGUCUACCUGACAAUCGACAUCAAAAAGAUGACUGAAAGCCUUUGCUUGCUUUUUUUUUUAACUUACAGCUGAGGAGUAUUUAAGAUGUGAUUGUGCGGAUUUUUAGUUUGUCAUGCUGCACUUGCUUCCCUUGUUUAAGGAGCAUGUUGAAUACCCUCCUGAUACAACAAUGUACAAAAAACAUUUGUCGUUAUAGUUUGAUAUCUGGUUGGUGCCU